AGGUCUCGCAGGGAUAUCAGAUGGCAUAGUGACAAAUUGAAUAUGCAAGUUGCUCAGCUGUGUUCAGCUCUUCGUGCAUUUGACAGCACGGCAGAUCCAGCUCGUUGGGGCUUCACCCUGCCUUCUUCAACUGAAACUGUUUACUGACGUAGCGAAAUGAUGCAAUGACCCCGAGAUUGAUCGACCUUGAUCAAGCAUUGAGAGGAUACACCCCGCUUUGUCAAGUAUAAAAUCAGCCUAAUAGAUUCUCUGGAAUGACUCAAAUUUCUCUUUCCAGCUUGUGAUUCUUCAAAUUUCAUCUCUCAGCCAUGUCGAGCGAAACGGACAAGCGGUUGCAGGUAAACCUCAAGGGAUUUUCUGAAGCGGUAGCGGUCUCUCAGAGGGCGAUCAAUAACAAUCUUGAAGCUCUUCUCAAGAUCUACCCUGAAUUUGGAGAGAUAAACAUUAGGGCGCACGAUGGAAACAUGAACGCACAAUUAAAUUCUGGGCAGGUUGCUUUGCACAUAACUGAUGGCAAUCGAGGCAUGGUGGACUACUACUGCAGAUUCAAAUCAGGAACGGUUUCAGUUUGGGACGAUGAUCUAGAUGACUUCACCGACGAUAUCGACAUGACGGGCUGGGUGUUUGCCUUCGGGGUCUCAAUGGGGGCGAUCAAUGUGGAUGAAGGCACCGAGGAACAUAAGGAGAUUAGAUCUGUUAUCAACCAACCGGGAGAUUAUUCCAUUCUUCGUCUCUACCUUGACUUCAAUACACAUACUAUAUCCUCCUUCAAUCAAGCUGCUAGCGACUUUUGUGGCUACGAAUUCUCUGAGAGCGGUAUGAUCUCUUUUCUGGCAAUUAUGCUCAAGUGGGGCAAAGAUAUUACGGAUGCUGUCAAUGAAGAGCCCCGAAAAACGACAAUUGGAUACUCUGCCAAAGUGAACGAUCCCAAUUCCGUCAACGAAGAAGCUCCUACAUUUCCUCCGACGUCGGUCAAGUUCCAGAAUUAUGAGUAUCUUGCCCAAGGCCAGACUACUCCAACAGACGGCGUGGGUGCCAAGGGUGACAACAACGUCCUUUUGUAUCUGGAAAUGACGCAGCACCAAAGCUUUCCCCCUGAGCAACAGCUCACCUAUUCUGGUAACUUUGUUACACCCGACAUGGAUGGAACCAUUUGCAUUAGUCGCGAGGUUUUCUUCGAUAGCUAUCUGUUGCGGACAGCUCCAUCCUUUCUCCUAAACUCGUUAAACUCAUCUAUUUAUGCUUGGAUCGCCGGAGACCGCAACGUACAUGCGGACACGGAAUAUCCAUCACCAGAGAAAAAUCUCAAACUGGGACCUGGCUCAGAUAAGGAUGGUAAUUCCGACUUUUUCACCUUCAACCCGGUCGUCGACAACAGAACGAAGUGGGAAUGGAAACAACACGACUACACGUUGGACGACCCAAGGGAAGUGAAGCUGCAAUAUUGGGUCGAAAACAACCAUGCACUUGAGCUGAAGCCGGGCACAAAUCAAAUGGUACUGAGUGGAGAAGCAAAGAUCCAUUUCAAGAACCAGUACUAUCCCAUAUACCUUUUUGGUGGGAACCAGGGAUGCGAAGCCAGCGCUACAGCGACAUGGGCCAUCAACAUUACCCUCAACUCCGUCAAAGAAGGGGGGCUUGAGAUUUCUUUGAACCUUCCUGAUGAUCCAAAUGAUCUCUUCGAGAUAUCUCCAUACUUUGACGAUUGGCCAUUCUCUAAUAUAUAUCCGCCUUAUGGCGAGCACCUCAAAGAGAGAAUGCAAAGUGCAAUUACUGUAGCUCCUCUAUGGGAAGCCGCCAGGGAGCUUCAAACGGCCCUGUCAAGCACGGCUCGAUUUGUCGUGCCUGGAGGCGGCACAUUUUUCUACAAGAAUCCCAUUUUCAACAAUAAUGGAGAUGUCAUGAUUGAAGCGCAGUAUAAUGGUGUGGAUGCUUGAAAUUAGAGUAUCGAAGAGUGCGUAGCAUUUGUCGUUUUAUGCAUCAGUGACUAUAGUUGAAGAGUCUACAGCUGAGGAGAAGCGGGGCGACAGGAUGCUGUAGUACUUCUGAUGACGUAUAAAAUCGAUUAAGUUUUCUACCUAUUCCAUAAGCUGAUGAUGAUAUGUCUUUGCGAAGGCUCUCUUGGAAAUACUUCGGUGAGGCUGGCAACGAGCUGCAGGUAGCCAUGAAAAUAAAAUUGAAGUAAAGACCCG